AUGGCAUCUACCACAUCCGCCUCGAACCCGCCACCAUGCCCCUUUCUUGAGAAGCUGCCUGCCGAGAUACGCAAUGAGAUCUACGAGCUCGCCUUCACCCAAGACUCCUCCACCUCCGAAAUCGAGCUAUUCGAGGCCAAGUCACCAUCGAAGGCGCUUCUGUCCACCUGCCGCCAAGACACCUAUGGGAAGUACUGGCACGCCAACCGCUUCGUGUGCACGCUGUCGACUUGGGCAACCCAAACCGCGAGGAGGAUCUGCAAGGACUCCUUGGAUCCCUUGCACGACUUCGAUCUCGAGAACAUCUCCAGCCUCUGCAUCAAGUGUACGGAUGGUGAUAAGAUCGUUCUGCAGCACACCCUGAGGAAUCCUCGCGGUGGAUGGUCGAUCUCGAUGAUGGAGACCGAGGCUUACGUCGUGCUUCGUAAAGGUCGCCAGGACGGCUGCUAUGUCACCUACGUGUGGUCACUCGACCUCAUGAGACGCUGUUUGGACGUGGUUGGUCGGAAGGUCACUCGAAAGAUGCAGAUCAGACGAUUCAUAUCGCAGGGUGGUAUUGAGGAUUCAGGGGAGGUCUCAGAGUGA